GUUUCUAAUACAUGGAUUAAGUGGUUAUUCAUUAAGGUUUCUAAUACAUGGAUUAAGUGUUAUUCUGAGGAUCUUAUUGGACGUUCUUCGCUACAAUGAAGAUCUAAUGACUCUAACUCUACAUCCUUAAGCUAGGGUUUGAUUUGUGGGUUGAUAACCAAUGGGCAUCCUUCCCUUAUAAGAUAAUUUUAAGGGUGAGCUCUACCAAUGUGGUUCUUACAAUUGGUAUCAAAGUGUGCAUCCUUCCUUUUUGGCAACGUGGAGAAGGCUACUCCUAGUAGAAGACUAGUUCCGUGAGAUCACUGGGAAUAUGGGCUGACUUGGACCUCGAUUUGUAAAAGGGGUGUAAUGUAAUUAAUCUAAUUGUAUUCCACAUUCCGGACCUUACACUUGGUUUCUGGAAUUAUAACCUAUUGGGUGCCCUCCAUCUACAGCCAGUUUAAGGGUGAGAAGUUCUACCCGAUGUUGUUUUUAGAGAAGACUUGUUAAUUGUUAUUUCCCAUUUAGGAAUCUAAGUCUUUAGUUUUUUAAUCGGUCAAUAAGUUGGAUCUUCGACAAUAGGUGGGUUUUCUGGACUUAUCUUGGGUUUUACAGAAUCAGAAAUAUAAGGUUUCUGCUACAUGAAAAGUAGGUUUUCUGAGGGUAUUCCGGGAAAUUUCUGGCUAUAGUGAAGUUUGAUUAUUGCUGCCUCUCGAAUAUGGUUAUGAUAUACAGGUUUUUAUAUGUUCUUUUCAACCGUUGGUAUCUAGUACUUGUUAGUAGAAUCUCAGAUAUUGGUUGAGACAGCCUCAGAUGGUAUCCAAGUGGUUGGAUUUCGGAGCUCAGUUUUUGCACAUUUGGAUACUUGUUCCUUUGUGGCAUACGAUAGAGGAAUUGUAUUUGGAGAUCAGAAAUUUGAAUUUGAUGGAUAUACUGAAUUGUAAUUUUGCAUUUGGAUUUCCUAUCUUGGCAAGAUAGAGAUUAUUGUCUGAAUGGAAGCAAGCGCCUGCUUUGACUAACCCGUGAUUUGCUGUGUGUAUAGUAAUAUAAUGGAUGUCAAGGCGGCAAGGAGAGUCACUGUCUUCAAUCGACUUGAAGGAGGAUUUGCAAAAAACAAAGUCUGCGCCUACUGGCUAUCUGGGAGAUGCAAUCGUGAUCCAUGCAGGUUCAUGCACAGAGAAUCACCCCCACAAACUAGGCAGACCCAUGCAGCAUCACCUGAGACUCAUUACCUAAAAUCUACCAGAAGGACUUGGAGGAAUCCUAAUUUCCACACUCCUAAGAAUGGUACAGUUUUAACUAAUGAAGGAGAUUGCUCUAACUGUACAAGUGGUAAAGUUUCCCAACAAGGUGUCUUAGCAAAGAAUGGAAGAAAAAUUGAUCGGAAGGACCAAGAAAUGGUCAUAACCUCCAAUGGAAGUAUCCACUGUCGGCAGACCAUGCAAAAGACUGCUGAAGCAGUUGAAUCUGAUAGUAAAUCUGUUCAAAAAACCCUGCCAAAGCUAUGUAAGUACUGGGUUACAGACAAUUGUGUCCAUGGCGAUAAGUGCAAGGACGUGCACUCUUGGUUCUGUGGAUCUGGAUUCACGAUGAUGACAAAGUUAGAGGGGCACACUAAGAACAUUACAGGAAUUGCUCUCCCAUCUGGUUCUGACAAGCUAUACUCUGUUAGUAAAGAUAGAACUCUCCGCAUUUGGGACUGCAACAGUGGUCAGUGUGCUGGCGCUGUUGAUCUCGAUGGUGAAGUUGGGUGCUUGAUUAGUGAAGGUCCAUGGCUGUUUGCUGGAUUGCCUAAUGCUAUUAAGGGAUGGAAUUUCCAAGCUCAAACAGAACACUCUCUUAGUGAACCUGUUGGUCGAGUUUAUUCUAUGGUUGUGGACAAUAAUAUGCUUUUUGCUGGAACAGAGGACGGUACCAUAUUAGCAUGGAAAUGGGGUACUGAAACCAACAUUCCUAAACUGGCUGCAAAGAUGAAGGGACACAAUGGUGCAGUGUGUUCACUUCUUGUGGGAGCUAAUAAUAGGCUUUAUUCGGGUUCGAUUGACAAUACCAUACGGGUUUGGGACCUCCAAACUUUGCACUGUAUACAGACAUUACACGGGCAUACCGGGGAUGUAACAUCUGUCAUUUGUUGGGACAGAUAUUUGAUAUCUGCUUCUGUGGACAACACAAUAAAGGUUUGGGCUGCAACUGAGGUUGGGAACUUGGAAGUGGUCUAUGAGCUCAAGGAAGAAUGUGGGGUUGCUGCUCUUUCUGGCAUGACAGAUGCCGAAGCUCAGCCUAUUCUUUUCUGCUCAUAUAACGACAAUACUGUUCGCAUAUAUGACUUGCCCUCGUUUAAUGAAAGGAGCAGAAUAUUUUCGAAAGGGGAAGUCCAAGUGAUUCAAAUUGGCAUUGGCGGUCUCUUUUUCACUGGUGAUGCAACUGGACAGCUCUCCGUCUGGAAAUUGCUUGGAGUUCCAUGUGCAAAGGAAUCUUGAGAGCUGUUAUUUUAGAAAAGCUGAUGUCUAGCUGGUCUGGAUUCCUACCGGCUAAAGCUAUCAGUUUGAAUUUGUAUUCCUCACACUACUGUGUUUCAUUGUUGACAAUGUUAUGAUCCAUCCUUCGGUUGUAUUCUAUUCAGAUAUGAUGUAUUUUUGGUAGCAAAAGCUACUGUAUGUUGUAAUAUAUGUAUGGUCAGCGAAUACAAUUUUUUUGUCAUGAGAGAGGAAAGCCCUUGUGUAAAUGUACACUCACUUCAAAAUGAAAAGAUCAUUCUUAUUUUUACA